AUGUGGUCAGAAUUUUACGCGCCUAGUAAGGUAUCUGAGCUUGCCGUACAUUCACGCAAAGUUGGCGAUUUGAGACAUUGGUUAGAAGAGUCAUUUAGUGAUACGAAGUUGAGUAAAUAUAGAAAGCUGUUAGUAUUAACAGGUACAGCUGGAUGUGGGAAGUCAACAGCUGUUAAACUCCUCGCGAAAGAGAUGAACGUCGAUGUGAUAGAAUACCUCAAUGAGUCGACUUAUAAGUAUUCCAACGAAGAUGAAUAUGGCGAGAGUACAAGCAAGCGUUUCUCAAACUUCCUAGGUAAAUCAGCAACAUAUAAACCCUUAUCGUUCGACAAUGAGAGAAGCAAUAAGCAAUUAAUUUUAGUUGAAGAUCUACCAAAUGUUUUAGAGUAUACCACACGUGAAGCAAGCCACGAUGCACUCCGUGGUCAUUGUCUGGAUGGACGAACACCGAAUGUCCCUAUUGUUAUUAUCGUCUCAGAUUCUGGCGUGAGAGGAACAGGUGGAAAUGCUGACGAGAUGGUUCAAACUACGAACAGAGAUGUUGUUGACGCUAGAACGGUUGUCCCUCGAGAUAUCCUUGAUGGUCCAUUUUGCACGACAAUCCACUUCAAUCCGAUCGCACGAACCUUCUUAAAGAAACAUCUAAAUGCCCUGCUUGAUCGGCACAGAGAUGAUAACCCAUACGGCAGCUUUAAGAGACCCCACGAUGAAGCCAUUGAUGUGAUAAUAGAUACCGCUAGUGGUGACAUCCGGUCUGCUAUCAAUACACUCCAGCUCGCAUCCCAGAUGGCCUUGCCAGGAAGUCUGUCUACAGGUGGACACAAGCGAAAAGCUAAACCUUUGUCAAAGAGUACGCGCGUUGAUAUGGAAAAAACUCUAGAUGUCUUGGCCAGGAGAGAAGUAUCUCUCAAUUUGUUCCACUCGCUUGCGAAAGUUCUUCGUAAUAAGCGACAUGGCUUUGAUGAUGAAGAUAAAGUUUGUUCAUGUGAAGAUCUUCCUCAUGUUUCACUACCGGAGCAUCUCGAAUAUAAGCGCAGAGCGCCUUCUCAUGUCCACCCCACGAGGUUAUAUGAAGAUAUACCGGUUGAUGUCGAGACGUAUUUGCUGUUCUUAUCGCAUAAUUACCCAGCAUUCAACCAGGAUUGUGAUGAUGCAGCUGUUGUUGCUGAUGCCCUUUCUUGGUCUGAUUCGACAUCUAUAGGAUAUAAUGAUUCAAAACAACUUUCUGCAAGUGUGUUUGAAUAUGUCAUCAGAAAAACCCUACACGCGUUACCAUGUCCGUCAAUCAAACGAGGACAGAAGAUACGCAAACCAGCUUUCUUCUUCGCUGAGAAAGAGCGGCGGAAUGGAAUUGAGAGUAUUAAACAAAAUUCCCGACUUGCAGUAACGAUACAUGGGCAGGUAGAUACAAAUGCCAUCAUAGUUGAUACUCUACCCAUGCUAUCGAGAAUUUGGGAACGUGAGUGA